CUCAAAGUGCAUCAGCUGAUGAGAGGAAACAGCCCUUCCGCACCGUUCCGCUUGAGCGUAUCCUGCAUUUUGCGAAAAGGUUCGCAAUGCUGCGCCCCAAAGCCUUGACCCAGGUGUUGAGCCAGGCCAACACAGGCGGCGUCCAGAGCACCUUGCUCCUGAAUAAUGAGGGUUCUCUCCUGGCAUAUUCCGGAUACGGAGACACGGAUGCCAGAGUCACUGCAGCCAUUGCUAGCAACAUCUGGGUGGCCUAUGACAAGAAUGGCCACCAGGCAUUCAACGAGGACAACUUGAAGUUCAUCCUGAUGGACUGUAUGGAGGGCCGCGUCGCAAUCACCAGAGUUGCCAAUUUGCUGUUGUGCAUGUAUGCAAAGGAGACUGUGGGGUUUGGGAUGCUGAAAGCAAAGGCACAAGCUUUGGUUCAGUAUCUGGAGGACCCACUCACCCAGGUGGCAGCAUCAUGAACCGUGGAGCCAAAGAUACUGGGGGAAAAGUCUUUUGUGACUUGACUCAGAAGGAGCUAUUUCCGAAACAGACUUUUACAGAAGAGACACUGGGUGCUUAUCAUGGGCUUUUUGGCUUGCAGACUGUGCCUCCUAGCAGUACUGUGGAUCGCGUCAGCCUUCUGAGUUAUGAAUCUUUCAGGCAGAUUUAAAAUGAGAGUGGGAAGAGAAUAAAAACCUGGAUUUAUCA